CGGAAGUAAACCUAACAGGUUUGAGGAUCUGUUCCAGUUGGACGACGGAGGCGGGAAUUUAGUCCCCUUCCAAUUAGCUGUUCCGGAGGGCACGCCGAAUUACUGUGCUGUGAUUGCCGGUCAGCUCCCAGCCCGGCACUGACAGUACCUAGCGGAGACUCCUUGGUUUGUUUUCCAAAUGGGAGAGGAGGGGACAGGAGCCACAGUGCAUCUGCUGUGCCUCGCGGCAUCCAGCGGGGUCCCCCUGUUCUGCAGGAGCAGCCGAGGCGGCGCCCCGGUCCGCCAGCAGCUCCCGUUCUCUGUCGUCGGCUCCCUCAAUGGAGUCCACAUGUUCGGCCAGAACCUAGAGGUGCAGCUGAGCUCUUCGAGGACGGAGGACACAACCGUGGUGUGGAAAAGCUUCCAUGACAGCAUCACCCUCAUUGUUCUGUCGUCAGAGGAGGGCACCUCAGAGCUGAGGCUGGAGCGACUGCUGCAGAUGGUGUUUGGGGCCAUGGUUCUUCUUAUAGGACUUGAAGAACUGACAAAUAUCCGAAAUGUGGAGAGACUGAAGAAGGAGUUGAGGGCCAGUUACUGCCUCAUCGACAGCUUCCUGAGGGACCCGGAGCUCAUCGGGGACCUGACCCAGUGUGUGGACUGUGUGAUCCCUUCAGAAGGGUUGCUCCUGCAGGAAGCCCUCUCUGGGUUCGCUGAGGCUACCGGGACUGCCUUCGUCAGUUUGGUGGUGUCAGGCCGAGUGGUGGCAGCCACCGAGGGCUGGUGGCGGCUGGGGAUGCCAGAGGCCGUGCUGCUCCCAUGGCUGGUGGGGUCCCUGCCGCCCCAGGCGGCUCGUGACUACCCGGUGUACCUACCGCACGGGAGCCCCACGGUCCCCCACAGACUCCUGACCCUGACCCUGCUGCCGGGUCUGGAACUGUGUCUGCUCUGCGGGCCGCGCCCACCCCUCAGCCAGCUAGACGCACAGCUUCUGGAGCGCUGGUGGCAGCCCCUGCUGGAACCACUGCGGGCCUGCCUGCCGCUGGGGCCCCGCGUGCUGCCCGAAGGCUUCCCCCUGCACACGGACAUCCUCGGGCUGCUGCUCCUGAACCUGGAACUGAAACGCUGCCUCUUCACCGUGCAACCCUCUGGGAAUAAAGAUCCUUCUCCAGAACAGCGCCGGCGCCUCCUCCGCAACUUCUACACCCUGGUCACCAGCACGUACUUUCCCUCAGAGCCUGGGCCAUCCGAGAAGGCGGAGGAUGCAGGCCACUGGCCCCAGCUGCCAAGAGCUUGUUACCUCGUGCUGGGGCCAGGCACGGGGUGGCAAGUGGUAGCCCUGCAGCUGGGGCCUCGGCAGCUGCUGCUGCUGCUGUCUCCUCAGAGCCCCACCCAUGGGCUUCGAGCCCUGGCCACCCACACUCUUCAUGCCCUCACCCCAUUCCUGUGACCACCCAGGAGCCAGUGAAGGACCCAGACACCGGGCUCUUAGCGUGU